AUGGCCAUCAAGCAGAAGCCGGACGAGUCCCUGAACGAGUCCCUGAAGAAUUUCAUGACUCGCUUCAACACAGAAAGCCUGCAGAUCAGGGACAAGGAUGAAAAGGUGGUCAUGGCUGCCUUCAUGAACGGGCUAAGGGUAGAGGAACUCUACUACAAGCUUGCCGAACAGCCCCCCAAAAAUCUGGAAGAGCUCCUGACCCGGGCUCACGCCGCCGCCAACGCAGAGGAGGCCGCCCGCCUGAAACGAGAGUCAGAUCGGGAACUCAGGGAUCGGAGAGGACGGGGAAACCCCCCUGAAACCAAGAAUGGCCAAGCCUGGAAGAACGUCUUCGAUCGCCUCUCUAAGGAUAAAGCCCCCGCUCAACCGCCACUCUCGAAAAAAGGGUACACACCCCUGACUCGGCCUAGGGCACAGAUCCUGGCCGUGAUGGAGGCAGAGGGUCUAGGAGGACGGCCGCCCAAGAUGGGGACGCCCCGGAAUAAAAGGAACCAGGACCGGUACUGUGCCUUCCACCGUGAUGUAGGGCAUGAUACGGAGGGAUGCUGGGCUUUGCGUAAGGAGAUUGAAGACCUAAUCCAGCGCUACCGCCGAGACCGCUCUGAGCGGCGUGACGCGGCCCGAGGUUACUUCCCCGACCAGGGCACUCAGAACUUGGCGGGGGUUAUAAACACCAUAACUGGGGGUCCCACGGGAGGAGAUAGCCAUACAGCUCGGAAGAACAGACGACCUCCCCCCGACGGAAAUGAUUCACUGAAGCGCCUGCGCAUGGAUGAGGAGAUCACCUUCGGACCAAGGGACGCGGUUCCCUUGGCCUCCGGAAAUCAUGAGACCAUCGUAAUAGACGUCGUCACCAUUAUUACCGGGUGA